UUCAUCAAAGACAACAAAGCAAAUAAUCAGAUUACUUUAUUGUAAGUUUGAGUGAAGAAAAAUGUCAACUUCUGCGGCUUCGGAAAUGGGGUUCAGGGAUUAUCCAACAAUCUCACCAACAUGGCCCCCUGUAACCUUGGCACUGGUUCCGGAAGCCAGAACUAUGGACAAGGUUCAGGAUCUAACCACCUUAAUGGGGGACACUUUAACUUCAGCCCAAGCCUUGCUCUUGGCAAUCCUUGUGGUGGCCCUGUCAACAUAGGCCCUGGUGCUGGUGGCCGGACGAACGUUCUGCUGCUGGAAGUCUUGACAUUUUCAAGGCACCAGCCAAUCUGGCAUCUGGAUUCCCUUGUUUUUAGAGUUGUACUCUAUGUACUUUCCUAAUUAUAGCAGCAGAAGCUGAAGGUAUUAAGUAACUCUUAAUGCUAUAAGUAUAAAUAUUAAUAAUAAAUUCUGCCGUUUGAU